AAAUGUAUUUCAAUUUGUAGUUUUUUUUCUUGGUUGUUUACCUCCCGUGAUAUUUGUUUGUUUAAUGACUUCACUCAUAUAGAUCUUUAUCCAUAGGCAUCUGACUGUAUUUGUGUAGCAGUUUUAUAGUAUUAAGUACACAAAAUGCUUCACAUGACUUGAAGAGAUGCGGACAAGUAAAAAAAAAACAUUGGCUUUAUUGGAUGAAUGUAUAUCUGCAUGAAAUGAGAUGAAAUCGCCUGUGCAGACUUUAAAUCUUGCACCUGUUUAUUAUUUUUUUUUUAAUUUAAUCUCUGGUAUUGAUGAAUGCAAUGAUGUGAUGGGCUCGUGCGUGUGUGCGUGACCCACCCCGGGGCUGCACAGUUGCGCUCAGGCAGCAGGUCGGACACCUCAGGAUGUUGCCAGUCACAUUUCCAUGGAUGGAUGUAGCCUGGACGCUGAGCCGCCGACGAAGCUGAGCGGGUAGAUAAGAAACGCCAGACCACCAGCAGUGGCAGCAGCAGGAUGAGCUCGGACGGGGGUGGCAGGCCGGCCAAGGUGGGCUCCCUGGUGGAGGUGAUCGGGAAGGGGCAGCGCGGCACGGUGGCCUACAUCGGCACCACGCUCUUCGCCUCGGGGAAAUGGGUGGGCGUCAUCCUGGAUGAGGCCAAGGGCAAGAACGACGGCACGGUGCAGGGCAAGCGCUACUUCACCUGCGAGGAGAACCACGGGAUAUUUGUGAGACAGUCGCAGAUCCAGCUAGUUGAUGAUGGGGCAGACACAACGUCCCCUGAGACACCUGAGCCAGCCACUGCCAAGGUUCCCAAAAGAGAAAUCCUGGAGACGCCCAAGUCCACUAAACUGCCCAGCCGACCCGCUGGCACUGGCGGAAAGGGGGCGCCGUCUGGGUCGGCCUCGGCCUCGGCCGGGGAGAUGAGCAGCAGCGAGCCCAGCACCCCGGCCCAGACGCCGCUGGCCGCCCCGGUCAUCCCCACCCUGCACUCCCCGGGAGUCCCUCCAGCCCCCGUCCCAAGCAAGGAGGAGGAGGCGCUGCGAGCCCAGGUGAAGGACCUGGAGGAGAAGCUGGAGACCCUGAAGAUGAAGCGGACGGAGGACAAGGCCAAGCUGAAGGAGCUGGAGAAGCACAAGAUCCAGCUGGAGCAGCUGCAGGAGUGGAAGACCAAGAUGCAGGAGCAGCAGAACGAGCUGCAGAAACAGCUGAAGGAGGCCAAGAGGGAGGCCAAAGAAGCCCUGGAGGCGAAGGAGCGCUACAUGGAGGAGAUGGCCGACACGGCGGACGCCAUAGAGAUGGCCACGCUGGAUAAGGAGAUGGCCGAGGAGCGGGCGGAGUCUCUGCAGCAGGAGGCCGACUCCCUCAAGGAGAAGGUGGAUGAGCUCACCAUGGACCUGGAGAUCCUCAAGCACGAGAUCGAGGAGAAAGGUUCGGACGGCGCCGCCUCCAGUUACCACGUCAAACAGCUGGAAGAACAAAACGGCCGACUGAAGGAAGCCCUGGUCAGGAUGCGUGACCUGUCCGCGUCGGAGAAGCAGGAACACGUGAAGUUGCAGAAGCAGAUGGAGAAGAAGAACGUGGAGCUGGACACUCUGAGGAGCCAGAAGGAGAAGCUGCAGGAGGAGAUGACGGUGGCGGAGAAAACCAUCGACGAGCUCAAAGAACAGGUGGACGCCGCCCUGGGCGCGGAGGAGAUGGUGGAGACCCUGACCGAGAGGAACCUGGACCUGGAGGAGAAAGUCAGGGAGAUGAGAGAGACGGUCGGCGACCUGGAAGCCAUCAACGAGAUGAACGACGAGCUGCAGGAGAACGCCCGAGAGACGGAGCUGGAGCUGAGGGAGAUGCUGGACCUGGGCGCGGCUCGAGUCAGAGAGGCCGAGAAACGAGUGGAAGCCGCCCAGGAGACGGUGGCCGACUACCAGCAGACCAUCAAGAAGUACCGUGAACUCACCGCCCACCUCCAGGAAGUGAACAGAGAGCUGACCAGCCAGCAGGAAGCCUCGGCAGAGCUGCAGCAGCAGCCACCAGCGGAGAUGUUUGAUUUCAAGAUUAAGUUUGCAGAGACCAAGGCCUACGCCAAGGCCAUCGAGAUGGAGCUGAGGAAGAUGGAGGUGGCUCAGGCCAACAGGCAGGUCUCCCUCCUCACCUCCUUCAUGCCGGAGUCGUUCCUUCGUCACGGCGGAGAUCACGACUGCAUCCUGGUGCUGCUGCUCAUCCCCAGGCUCAUCUGCAAGGCGGAGCUGAUCAGUAAGCAGGCCCAGGAGAAGUUCGACCUGAAUGAGAACUGCGUGGAGCGCGCGGGGCUGAAGGGAGCGGUGGGCGAGCAGCUGAGCUUCGCGGCCGGCCUGGUCUACUCCCUGAGCCUGCUGCAGGCCACGCUGCACAAAUACGAGCAGGCUCUGGGUCAGUGCAGCGUGGAGGUCUAUAAGAAGAUCGGCUCUCUGUACCCGGAGAUGAGCGUGCACGAGCGCUCGCUGGACUUCCUGAUCGACCUGCUGCACAAAGACCAGCUGGACGAGACCGUCAACGUGGAGCCGCUGACCAAGGCCAUCAAGUAUUAUCAGCACCUGUACAGCAUCCACCUGGCAGAGCAGAGCGAGGACUGCACCAUGCAGCUGGCUGAUCACAUCAGAUUUACCCAGAGUGCCUUGGACUGCAUGGCGGUGGAGGUGGGCCGCCUGCGAGCGUUCCUCCACGCCGGCCAGGAGAAGGCCGACCUGGCCGUGCUGCUCAAAGACCUGGAGACGUCCUGCAGCGACAUCCGGCAGUUCUGCAAGAAGAUCCGCCGGCGAAUGCCAGGCACCGACGUGCCCGGCAUCCCAGCAGCGCUCGGCUUCGGACAGCAGGUUUCAGACACGCUGUCAGACUGCAGGAAGCACCUGACCUGGGUGGUGGCGGUGCUGCAGGAGGUGGCGGCGGCUGGAGCUCAGAUGAUCUCUCCUCUGGGCGAACAGGAGGGGCUGUCGGCCCUCAAACUGGAGGACGUCGCCUUCAAGGCCGGAGAGCAGAUCUACGGCUCCCAGGGUGCCAACCCCUACGAGUGCCUGCGUCAGUCCUGCGGCAUCGUCAUAGCAACCAUGAACAAGAUGGCCACUGCCAUGCAGGAGGGCGAGUACGACUCGGAGAAGCCCCAGAACAAGAACCUGCCGCCGGUGGAGCUGCGAGCAGCGGCUCUGCGAGCAGAAAUCACAGACGCAGAAGGCCUCGGCCUGAAGCUGGAGGACAGAGAGACGGUCAUCAAGGAGCUGAAGAAAUCCCUCAAGAUCAAGGGCGAGGAGCUGAGCGAGGCCAACGUCCGGCUCAGCCUGCUGGAGAAGAAGCUCGACAGCUCGUCCAAAGACGCAGACGAACGCGUGGAGAAGAUCCAGACCCGACUGGACGAGACGCAGACGCUGCUGAAGAAGAAGGAGAAGGAGUUCGAGGAGACCAUGGACGCCCUGCAGGCCGACAUCGACCAGCUGGAGUCGGAGAAGGCGGAGCUUAAGCAGCGCAUCAACAGCCAAUCAAAGAUGACCAUCGACGGGCUCAGGGGAACCUCGCCGUCUGGAAUCGCUUCCAUCGUGACAGGAGCGGCAGGAGAGGAUCCAAAAGCGAGCAUGAUGGCCGGCGUGGGCUCGGGAUCGGGCGUCCAGGUGAUCGACUCGCCCCUGCUGACUCAGCAGAUCGAGGCUCAGAGACUCUGCAUCAAACACCUGAAGAACGAGAACAACAGGCUGAAGGCUGAGAGGAUGCGCGCCCAGCUCGCCGCCCUGCCUCCUCUCCACGUGGCCAAGCUCCCGUCCAGAGACGGAGGCCGCCCUGAGGUGCUGUCCAGCGCCCUCUACAGGAAGACCGACCAGCUGCUGGAGACCCUGCUGCAGAUGAGUGCCAACGUCAAGGUGGUGGACAUCACCGGGAAAUCCCCAGUUACCCCCAGUGCUCAGCUCCUGGAGCAGACCGCAAGACUACAAUCCCUCAAUGACACCCUCGACAGACUGAAGGACGAGGUCGCCGAACACGUCGUCAACCAGCAGCCUGGAGCUCGAGUGUCGUCCGACUUCGCCACGUUCCCCUCCACCUCGUUUGUAAAGGCGAAGGAGGAGAAGCAGGGCGACACGGUGCUGGUGGGCCGGGUCAUGGUGCCGUGCCCCCGCGGCCAGGAGCAGGUCCACCGCCUCGUCCUGUCACAGUCCCAGCUCCAGACAGUGCACAGCCUCCUACGGACAUAGACGUGGCCUCCCAGCUGCCCCGCCCCGCCCCGCCCCGCCCAUCCUGCCUCCCGCGCCACACCCUCCCCCCCACCAUCAGCUUGGUUUCCACUCCAGGGCCGGACAAAUCACCACAGGAGAAAUUCUUUUGUGUCACUAGUCGUGAGAUUAAACCUGGGGGAAAGAUCUUAACCUUUGAGGGAUAGCUGACCGUGUUCUGAGUCAGGGCUGUAGUUCUGGACAAUCGUUUUUAUGAGUUGGACUCAUAAAAUUUUUUUUUUUAGCGGCUACGUCAUGGCGUACCAGAGUGCUGAUGUCACCAUGGUGGAGCUGUGAAGCCCCAGUUUCCUUCGGCCAAGUCGCCAUGGUUGGCUCAAAUUCCCAGUGGCAGUUGUCUUGAAUGUCCGAGAAAGAUUUUUAGAGUUUAGACUGUUAGUUAAGCCUGGAAAAGUUGUAGCUUCUUCUGUGACAAAGGAGUUAAUUGGCAACUCAAACUGUUGGUGCAGCGUCGUCCAAGUCUCAACUCUUCAUUUGUAUGUUCGGUACAUCGCAAACCAAUGUACAUUUGCCAAAAUAUUACUCAAUGAAAUUACUUAAAGCUGUUACUAAAAUGCACAAGUGGGUGUGUGCCGCCGGCCUGAACCUUGCCCAAACUGCAGACCCGCCUCUGGCCUGCUCGUCGGCCAGGAGUCCUGCUCACUCAUUGGCUGAUUGACCAGUCUAGACUAACCGCCUAAAUGUCUUAUUCUCAAAUAGGACUCGAUCCAAACUUCACUUUUUUAAUUGACUUGGACUCGACAAAGACGGUCUAGACUACAGCCCUGGACAGGAAGUGGACAUGUUGUGAAUCCACCCUACAAAAUAAGAUGCCAGUCUGAUUGAUAGGUGUGUGUAUUCUCUCUCUCAUGCCGAGUAUAAGAAGCAGAACGCGCGUGAGCCUGCAUACACACUCCACAUCACUAGUGCAUGCUGCCCAGGUUCUCCAAAAACAAUUUUUAGUUUCCUUUGGUAUUUUGUUUUACGUGAAUAAUUAACCAAGCUCCACGUUGGCCCUGGUGUGGAACGUGCACUGUGUGUGUGGUUUAUGAGUCAACGCAGCGUAUUAGGCCAAAACAUCGGAUGUUUGUCCACGUGUUCAUGUGUUACGCUACUGCUGCUGCCACACAGCACGCAAAGGCUCAUGUGUGUUAGAAGUAUAAUCAGGUGUUAAUAUUGUGUACCCCAUUUUAUAACUUUACUGUCUAAAGGGAAAAAAAAAAAAAACUAUAAUGAAAUUUUAGAUUUUGUCCAUUGAAAAUAGUGGGCAUUUUACUGUGGUUAGAUCAAAAUCCUGUGGACUGCACAGAAAGAUGAAUAGAGCGUUAACCUCAAGGGAUUUACUGUAUGAAACACUGAUUAAAUGUUCGCUUAUGCAGAUUUAUCAUGUUUAUUUAAAAACAGCUUGAUUUUACUUGGAAAGUUGUCAGAUGAAGCAGUGUAUGGUUUAAAUUAUUUAGUAUUUAUUACACACAAACACGCGCAAUUUAAAUGCCAGUAAGUUGCUGUCUACUUUUACGUGCUUGGUAUGAAAGACAUGCCGGUUGUAUUAGUAGUCAAAGAAAAAGUCAAAAUCUAGGAAAAAAAAAAAAAAACUAUUGAUUUGUUACUUGGGUGAGAUAAGAGACUUAACUGUUUUCCACUUAAUUUUGUCCGAGCCUUAAACCUGCAGAGAGCCUUGUGGUAAAGAUUGGUCACUUGCCUUAUUUUUGAUUUGUUUAGACCAAACCUCAUUUAAAGCAAAACUACAUCUUUGCCAAAGAAUCUUUGUUUGACUUCACCUUGUUUGCCAUUGCAUAUUUUUCACGGCCUUUAGUUUUAUUAAUCCGCACUACAUGUCUUAUUUAAUGAGUUUUUAGGCUAUUUAUAUUUACACAGUAUUAUGUGGUAACUUAAUGUUUUGUUUUGGGAAUUAUUUUAUUUAUGGGCAUAGUGCAUCAUUAUGGUUAACUACCAUCCAAGAGGGAAAAUUAGAAGUACAGACAGCCUCAUUUUUCAGAUUUGUCAUUCAUUUACUUGGUCGAUAUUUGUGCUCUCAGACAUGGAGCGUCUGAUGGACUGAACUCUGCAAAUCGUCUUACCUUUCCCAGUGUUGCUUCCUGCUUUUGCACAACCAAUAACUGAUCAAUAAAGUCAUGAAGGCCAGUA